GUUGGAGAAAAGCAGGUUAGGGUGUAUUGGGCGUGGUUCUGCGGCUGUGGCGUCCAUCUUUGGUACGGUGUACCUGUCUUCCCUUUCAAUUUGUUGUUUCUCUCAGAUACAGUCAAAGUUGGAAGACCCUUGAGCUCAAAAAGCGAUUUUCAGUAUACUAGGUUCAACCUCAAUUGUGUUUUGAAAUUCAGUUUCAAAUGGAAGAAAAGGGAGUUUUUUUUGCCUACUCAGAUUGAAAAAUGAGCAUCUUCAACCGUAAGUUUACAAUUUAAAUCCAAACGACCACUUUUGUGAGAUGAAGUUUGAACAUGCUACCUCUUUUUUCACCCAAUCUUCAUAUUCUUCAACUAAAAUGCAUUAUCCUCUACUCUUUCCAAAUAAUGAGACAUGCUCACUGUAAUCACGAGGAACAAUCAAAUAAACUGGUUUGGCUUCUAAGGCAGGUUAGAAGAUACUGAGAGCGUGUUACUUUUCUUUGAUCUCUACAAUGAUAUGAAAACGUUGAGAAGGUGUGAGAGAUUUUGUGAUUGUUAUGGAAUCCAGUUUAGGAAAUUGUCAGUUAUUUCUGAGGGCAAACCCAAGCCCUCAAUGGUUGAAAAUGUUGUUCAUAUGGAGCGUGUGUCAAAUUUGCACUAUCUUUUGCAGUUAUGUGCAAAAACAAGAUCAUCCAUGGGAGGAAGAGCAUGCCAUGCUCAGGUUAUUCGUGUUGGCUGGGAAAUUGAUGUAUUAACUUCAAAUAUGCUGAUUAACAUGUACUCUAAAUGUUCUUUAGUUGAUAGUGCACGCAAAAAAUUCAAUGAAAUGACAGUGAAAAGCUUAGUUUCAUGGAAUACCAUGAUUGGAGCACUUACCCAGAAUGCCGAGGAUCAGGAGGAAGCUCUAACUCUUUUAAUUCAAAUGCAAAGAGAAGGAACCCCAUUCAAUGAAUUUACCAUUUCCAGUGUUCUAUGUAAGUGUGCCUUCAAAUGUGCUAUACUUGAGUGCAUGCAGUUGCACGCUUUUUCAAUUAAGGCUGCUAUAGAUUCAAAUUGUUUUGUUGGAACUGCUUUACUCCAUGUUUAUGCUAAGUGCUCUUCAAUAAAAUAUGCAAGUCAGAUAUUUGAUAGUAUGCCUGAAAGGAAUGCUGUUACAUGGAGUUCAAUGAUGGCUGGAUAUGUGCAGAAUGGGUUUCAUGAGGAGACUUUGUUACUUUUUCACAAUGCUCGGUUGAUGGGUUUAGAGCAGGACCCUUUUAUGAUAUCAUCAGCUGUUAGUGCUUGUGCAGGCCUGGCAACUUUGGUUGAAGGGAAGCAACUGCAUGCCAUUUCAAAUAAGUAUGGAUCUGGGUCAAACAUAUACGUUUCUUCCUCCCUUAUAGACAUGUAUGCCAAAUGUGGCUGCAUAAAGGAAGCAUAUCUUGUGUUUCAAGGUGUGAUGGAGGUUUGGAGCAUUGUUUUAUGGAAUGCAAUGAUUUCUGGGUUCGCCAGACAUUCUCAUGCACCCGAGGCUAUGGUCUUAUUCGAAAAAAUGCAGCAAAAGGGCUUCUUUCCUGAUGAUGUGACAUAUGUAGCAGUACUAAAUGCAUGCAGUCAUAUGGGUUUACAUGAAGAAGGACAGAAGUAUUUUGAUCUCAUGGUCAGACAGCACAAACUUUCACCGAGUGUCCUUCACUACUCAUGUAUGGUUGAUAUUCUUGGUCGAGCAGGACUUGUUCACAAGGCUUAUGAAUUGAUAGAAAGAAUGCCAUUUAAUGCAACUUCUUCUAUGUGGGGUUCACUUUUAGCCUCUUGUAGAGUUUAUGGCAAUAUUGAACUUGCUGAGAUUGCAGCCAAGCAUCUCUUUGAAAUGGAGCCUAAUAAUGCAGGAAACCACAUCUUGCUAGCAAAUAUAUACGCAGCUAAUAAAAAGUGGGACGAAGUUGCAAGAGCAAGGAAGCUUCUUCGAGAGAGUGAUCUGAAGAAGGAGAGGGGUACAAGUUGGAUUGAAAUUAAGAAUAAAAUUCAUUCAUUUACUGUUGGUGAGAGAAACCAUCCACUAAUCGAUGAGAUUUAUGCCAAGUUGGAUGAUUUGGUGGUAGAGUUGAAGAAGCUAAAUUACGAGGUGGACACCGAUAAUGACCUCCACGAUGUGGAAGAGAGCAGGAAACAGAUGCUUUUGAGGCACCACAGUGAGAAGCUUGCUAUUACCUUUGGAUUGAUGUGUUUGCCUAGUGGUAUACCAAUUAGGAUUAUAAAAAACCUCAGAAUUUGUGGUGAUUGCCACAUUUUUAUGAAACUUAUGUCCAAGUUUACUAGCAGGGAGAUUAUUGUUCGAGAUACAAACCGUUUUCACCACUUUAGGGAUGGAUUCUGUUCCUGUCGAGAGUUUUGGUGAGGUUCUGAUGUAUAUAUAUAUAUAUUUCAUUUUUUAACUCCAACUAGCACAUUGAUUGACAUAGGGGGCAGGUGUGGUGAUCAAAUGACUUUGGCAAUCUCCUAUCCAUGUUUAAUAUUACAUAGGAACAUUUUUUUUUCUGAUGCAAAUGAUUGAUUUUAGUUUGUCGUAAAGUAUGAAGGAGAUAUAUGUCUUUAAAUCUGCGUUAGGCG